AUGUCUCUCCCGAGCAAAACGAUCAAAGGCACUGUUGCCAUAGUCGGUGGUGGUCCUGCUGGCCUUAUUGCAGCCUGGGCACUGGUGAACGAUGGCUACGAUGUGACCGUUUUCGAGAAGCAUGACCAGCUCACUCUAGCCCGCCAUGCCACCCUUACUCAGGACAGCCAUACCUCUACCUUUGACAUCCCCAUGCGCCCAUUCUCCACAGGUUACGACGCGAAUCUCUUGCAGCUUCUUAACCAUCUCAAGGUCAAGACCCAGAUCCACCGCUUCCUCUACACCUUCUGGACCACUCACAACACCAACUUCGAGCCCAAGCGGUACUUUUCGUUCUUCUCCAAUUUCCAUCGAAUCCUCCCCUGCCUGCUGUUGAAUAAGCUUAUCCUCAAUGUUCUCGUCUUUGUGUGGUACAUCUGGUUCACUCUCUGUGUCUUUUUGAUUCCUCCCCGUGCGCGCGGCGUCAACAACAACCAGACCAAGACCGAGACCGAGACCGAACCCGAGACCCUGGCCCAGUACGCCCGUCGAAUCCAUCUCCCCGAUGUCUUCCUGGACUGGUACCUCCUCCCGCUCUUCGCGUCUCUCCUGGCCUGGAGCCACGCCGACCUCCGCGCGUGCCCGGCCGUGUACAUCGCCGACUACCGCAAGCGCACAUUGGGCGCGCACCACCGCACCAUCGCCGACAUGCGCGGUUUCCAGGAUCUUCUGGUGGCCGGUAUAAAGCGAAAACUAUCAGCCGAAGUUUUCAGUGUCCACUCUCAGACCAGGGGCGGAAUAAGGAAGGUCUGCGUGCUAUCCGGCAGAGUCGGCGGGCGCAGGCACAAACACAUACGGAGCCCUCGAUCCCGGUUCUUCGACCACGUCGUUGUCGCCACGGACGCUAAACAGGCCGGUAGGCUCUGUCCGCCCAUCCGCGGAAUCACCGAUAUCCUCAAUGAGGGCCGCGUCUGUGUCACCGUCGCCACGGCCGCGUUGGAGGAAUGUUAUCCUCGACGAAGCGAGCCCCUCGGCCUCGUGACUCUCGCUGAUCCUGCAGGGGGGUAUGUUACCCGCUUGACGUACACUACUGGGCCCGUGGAGGUUCCUGGGGUUAAUGUGACGGUCCGCCCGUUCUCGGGGACACGAAUCAAUCAGUUGGCGCUCGGGAAGGAAAGGAAGGUCAUGGAGGUCUUCCUGACCCGCCCCCUUCCCACUGCUAAAUCGCACGACUUGCUCCUGGACGUCUUCUCCAGGGACGAUAGGACUCAACCCAUAGUCACGGGCCAGUCGGGGAAGAAGGAAAAGGCCCAGGCCCACUGGAAGAACGGAGAUGGGGGGAUCUGGCUUGCGGGUGGGUAUGCGUUCGCCGGGUUGCCGCUCUUUGAAGCCUGUGUUCGCAGUGGACUCGAGGCUGCGGAGGGCAUUGGCGCCACUAUCCCUUUUGAGAUCGUACGCAGGACUCCGUUUUGA